GAGAAAGUGCUUGGGCUGGCGGUGUGGUGAGACAGUAUACACUGUAGCAGUGUACUGAGAGGAUAUACCAGCCUGCUACACUAUCUGCAAGUUGAUAUACCAGGUAUACCACCAGUGACACUACCGGUUGAGAUGGACAGAGCUGAACAUCCAAGUUGACAUCUUCCACUCAGCAUCCUCCUCUCCUGAUCAUUGAUAACAGUGGCUCAACCCCCCAGUCUGUGGUGUGGGAUAUUCAUGAACGAUGUAGUAUGGAGAGGAAAGGAUAGAGGAAGAGGAGGACUGGUUGAAGAUGAGUGGAUACUAACACUGUAAGAUGAUAAUAUAAGUCACGACUGAUCUCAAAUAACACAGUAAGAAAUUACUUUUCUGAAGAUGUUAAAUUACCGAACAUUGAAGACUUGUAGCCAGACAUUGCUCACUACUACUACUACUACUACUACUACUACUACUACAGUAGUUUGUUGAGUGAAAGAACUAAAACUUCCAAAAUUACAUAGUGUCGAUUGAGUUGAAAAUGCUUGCCAUAGUAACAGUGUUCACGAGGGAUUGAAGGAUAGAGAAUAAGACUGAUGAUUAUCAUGGGAUUACAAUAAUCCCUGGAGAAUUAAUUGCAGUCUAGUGGUCAGUGCUGUGGUGCUAUGUCGUUAAAGAAGGUGUAAACAACGAACGUACGGACGGAGGAAGAACAGAAAGGAAGAUAAAGUGAGAGAAGGAAGGUGUAAUCCAAGAUGGCGGGUGGUGUGUUUACAUGUGAGGUGGUGUAUCAUGGCCGUCAUGCAGUCAUGGGAGCACAGUCAUGUGCUACCCUUACUGCCCUUGUUGACAACUUACUCUGCCCACCCAUGCCCAUACACCACGCCCACACCACCCAUAACUAUCCUAAGGAGAAGUGUGAACGACGUCAGCUGGUGUGUGACUGGCAGUACCUGACACUGUCAGCCGUCAGGAGGGACGAGGGGUUCGAGUCUGACACUGACUCUUCCGGCAGUGUCUAUGAUGAACCACUAUGUGUCAGCCAGGAUGUUAAGGUGAUUGACGACCACGUACUACGACUGGACGACCUGCUGAAUGCCUCAGGGGAGAGUUAUACUUCUCCCAGGGGACAGCUUCCAGCACAGGUUCCCCCAGUGGAACUACCACUGGAUGAGAACUGUUCCUCAGCGACCAGCAGUGGUAUUGAGAGUGAGGAUGACUCUCCUAGGUCCAGCUCUAACCUCCAGGUCCAGGACCACAGCAACAACAACACCAGCAGUGACCACAACAACAGCAGCAGCAGUGACCUCAACAACAGCCGCAGUGACAUCAACUGCAGUGGGGAAAACAACAGUGGGGACCAUUUGCUGAUAAGUGACAUUCUCUACUGCCAUAUAUCUUCUUCAAGACCUCGAGUUGUGGUCGUAGUAGUUAAAGACUCCAGUGGUACCCAGGUGCAUGCCCACGUCUUCCAGUGCCCCACCCAGGACACUGCCCGCACCCUCUAUGCCCACUACAAAGAAGCUAGCAGUAAAUACAAACUCAACAGGUAUAAGAACAGCAGGAGAAAGGAGUGUCAGCAGGGAAAGGAGUCUUUCAGCAGUGGUAAGGUAGUCAUAAGCAGUAGCAGGUGUCGAAGUAGUAGCAGUUUCACCUCGCAGGACAGAAGAGGGCGGCCAGGCACCCGUACGCCCGUGCUGGAUGCUAAUGUGAACGUCAUCCAGGUGGGUGUGGAGAGACCAGAGACAGACCCACAGUCGGGUGGUUCACUUCGAUGUGUCACUCACAUCGAAGUAGAUAGUGGACCAGGCAGUCUGGCCAGUAGUGCCUCGGAAACCUCCGAUCUCAACUCCAUCGGCAGCUACAGCAGUUUAGGGGCCUCCGGACGUGAGGUUCUGAUAGCUGGAGAACUAGACAGGAAGUUCAGACAAAGACAGCCUGCACUCCUCCUAAGACAGGAUGAACAAGAACCCGAUGGCUCCCUCAGGAGACAUGAAGAAAAAAGAAAGGAAGAGGAAACCUUUGGACAACAAGAAGUCUUCAGCAGACAGGAAGGAGCCUUUGGAAGACUCCACGACAGCUUGGGAAGACAAGAAGACAACUUUGGCUUUCACACAGACAGCCUCACCAGGAGCAACACAGCAAAAGUUCCUCAACGAAGACAUAAAAAACCUGAGGAAGAAGCUGGAAGAAGUCGUCGUUCUGGUCGUGAGAGCCACGAGACCUUGAACCAGGUCCCAGACCCAACACUGCAGCAGUCUUGCAGUCCAUACCUGGCCUCGGAGAGGGUCUCCAGACUACGGGACCAGUCCAGGGGGCGCUCUAGACCGGCUCACAAGAAGGGGCCAGCGCCCCCUGUUCCUCCUCCUCGGAAGCACCCAGAGAACCCGUCCCUCCUCCUUGUACCCACUAAGAGUGGGGCAGAACAUGCCCGGGCGUUCUACCCCAAGGAAUCUCACAUCGUCCGUGGAGGUGCAGUCCCUCAGACUGACAUACCCUGCCACCCCAGGAGCUACUUAACCCACGACACUAAUACUCCCACACACCAGUACCCCUACUACGGUGGUGGAGGAACAUGGGUCCAUGCCCACGAAUACCACGCUCACAGAAGCAGAGAACCAGCCCUCACGCCCGAAAUGAGACGACGGUCCCGGUCCAAAAGCCCUGCUCGCAGACCAAUGGCCCACCGGUACAUUGAUGCGGUCUCACAGACCCUCCGAGGCAUCUCUGAUGCAGUCUUCACCUCCAGGAAGACCACUGGUGGUUCUCCAUGGUCUCCAGAGGUCAGAGGUCACCAGAGGUCACGAUCUACAGUUUCUGGGGAGACCGACAACACUCUCAGACCUGUUAUUAGGAAGGGUCGCAGACCAGAGCCAUCACCUCAGUGCCGUAGAGUGACCUUCAGUGCCUAUGCAACAGUGCAGGUCAUGCAGGCGUGACCCUUGAGCACUGCAUGCUAACCUUUGCACUGACCUAAUCCUUAUCGUAGGGGGUUCGAUUCACCGCUUCUUGUCCUGUUUUACAUUCAAAUGUUUUUAAAAUUAAACUGUUAUAAGUUACGACAUGUGAGGUGAAGUGAACACUUGUUCAACACUGUUGUCACUUGUUCAACACUAUUGUCACUUGUUCAACACUGUUGUCACUUGUUCAACACUGCUGUCACUUGUUCAACACUGCUGUAACUUGUUCAACACUGUUGUCACUUGUUCAACACUGCUGUCACUUGUUCAACACUACUGUCACUUGUUCAACACUGCUGUCAGCUCAAGCGUUAUGUGAUGAAGCUGUACAAGCUUGUCAUUACAGCUUGAUGUGUUGUGUUAAGACAUACACGCGUCUGUAUGUGCACAAAGGCAACACAUUCGUGUACAUGUGCGUAUUUGUAAUAUGAUGCUCAAAGGUGUGUAUGUGUACUCACCUAUUUGUGGUUGCAGGGGUCGAUUCACAGCUCCUGUGUGUGUGUGUGGUGUUA